AUGGCGGGUAGAGAACAGCAAAUAAAUCUCGAUAGCCUCAGCACUCAACAGCUGAGUGCCGUCAAGAAGCAGCUGGAUGAGGAGGUUGAGCACCUGACAGCCUCUUUCACACAACUCCACGCUGCUCAAGGCAAAUUUCGCGAAUGCCUGCGCAUCGUGAAAGAGCAGUCGGCGUCACCAGAAGCAAAGAAGGAUGUUUUGGUACCCCUGACCAACUCCUUGUAUGUGAGGGGCAAGUUGUCCGAUCCAAGCAAUGUUCUCGUUGACGUGGGAACUGGUUUCUAUAUCGAAAAGAGCACCGCCAGCGCAGCAGAGUUCUACGAGGCCAAGGUGAAGGAGCUAGGGGGAAAUAUCCAGGGCCUCGAGGGGAUUGUGCAAGGGAAGACGAACAACUUGCGCGUUGUAGAGGAAGUUCUUCGCCAAAAGCUUGCUACUGGCGCCAAACCAUCCUAG